CUUCAUAGUAAUGCAGAAAGGCUUCGGCGGUGGGACCCCAAUGGAAGUCAGGAAGGCUGGAGAAGGCGACGCGGCCGGAGGCGAAGGCACCGCUGCUGCCGGGCGAAACACGAAGCAGAAGCCCCCAUUUAGGCCCGCGAAAGAUGACACCAAGCCACUCCUUCGCGACCCCAUACUGAGGUCGGACCCCAUCGAGACCGAGCAAGCCGUGCUUCGUCUUCCCCCGUUUCCACGCACCAACUCCCAGUUCUGAUUGGCCUGCUGGGUUCUAGCUUUUUCAUCAAAAUUUCGAAGUAUAGUUGCCAGAAUGGUUGGAUGGUUGUUGAACUCUCUCUAUAGACUACUUCGAGCAUUGAGACAAUUUGUAUAUGUUAUGUAUCAUAUAGAACAAGGCUGGUGUUUAGUGUUGGUAAGGCAGAAGACCACAUUUCUACUUACAUUUAAUAGAUUAUAUAUUGUGGACUAUGAAAUAAAGCAGUAUUAUAUAAAAUCAAGGCAUAUCAUGGAUGUCUGG